GGGGGGGGGAGCAGGGCGGGCGGAAAUCCGGGUCGUGCGGCGCUGCGCGUGCGCAAGCCCCCCAUACCGUCGCCUCUCAGCAUAGAGCUGGCGCCUGCGCAGUGAGGCGCCAGGGGGAACUCCGCCCACUGGGCCGGAAGUGGACGUCAGUGGCUUCCUCCGGUCCUCCUCCGCGCGCGCGCAUGCGCACUGGGCAAGGCUGCCGGGCCGGCGGAGGCGAUGGGCGCGGCGGCGGCUGAGGCGAACCGGACCCUCUUCGUGGGUAACCUGGAGCCCAAAGUCACCGAGGAGCUGCUCUUCGAGCUCUUCCACCAGGCCGGCCCCGUCGUUAAAGUCAAGAUCCCGAAGGACAGGGAUGGGAAGCCCAAGCAGUUUGCAUUCAUCAACUUCAAGCAUGAGGAGUCCGUCCCUUAUGGCAUGAGCCUUCUGAAUGGGAUCAAGCUCUUUGGAAGGCCACUCAAAAUCCAGUUCCGAUCAGGGAGCAGCCACACCUCCCAAGAGGGCAACUCACCUUAUUCCCAGCACGGCUCUGCUAAUGGAAGCCCCUCCAGCGCGAUGCAGUCACCGCCCGGUUCUACCAGCAGGUACGAGAGGAACAUGGAGAGCCUGUCCACGGGGUUGCCAACGGUGCAGAGGUCGUUCUCGACUCCUGAUAAUCUCCAGAGGCAAGCGGUGAUGAAUAGUGUCAUGUGGCAGCAGCCGCAGUACGGCGGAAGGCAUGGCUCACCACACUCGGAGUUGUCCGGCUUUGCUUCGCCAGGGCGCCAGCAGAGCUCCUCGUUUGCCCAGUCGCCCGCCUCCUCCAUGCAAUGGCGCCCAGAGGCCCCGUCGGCCCAGCGUAAAAACAGAGUGAGCAGCCACCCCUACGCGCCUGACAGCCGGCAUUACAGCCGGGAGCAGCCGCGUCUGGGCGACUAUGGCUCGGAGCAUCACUUCAGGGGGAAUCGAGAUGAAUACUGCCACGAUGACAGAAGCUAUGGAGGCUGGAGCCAUGACUACGACCAUCGGCGGGAGGGCUACAGAGAUGGCCAGUGGCACCCCUCUCGCCACUAGUAUUCAGAGCGGAUUUAUGGUAACUUUCCUUGGGGGAAACCUGGUGGUUCUUUCCUUCUGUGUAAUUGUUUUUUUUUUACAGAGAGCUUGUAGGCAGUAACUUCACAAGUUACCUUUUAAAAAAAGAUCUUUUUAUAAAAAAUCGCCCGCAGUAUGUAUUUUGAGAGAACAGGCAUUGUUUCAAUUGUAUUAACCUUCUCCUCAGGGUUUAGGCAGAAAAAGAGUGCCACACUUUAAAAAAAAAAUCAUUGUUAAUUUUAUAAGGAAAAAUCUGUGCUGCUUGGGCUGUAUUUUAAAACAAAUGUUGGUAUUUUUGUAGUGUGCUGACAAAAUGCAGCCUCUGGCCUGGUUGUGGUAAUAUGUAUUAUUGUGGUGGUGGUGGCGGCAAUUCCAUGGAAGAGAAUAUCAGAACCUAAGUGUCACAGCAGGAUAUUGUAGACAGUGUUUUGAUACUGGAAUAAGCGUGCUUUUUGGAUAUCUGUUGUAUUAAGGAAACAUUCAGCCUGUCUAGAUUUAUGGUGAAAGAAAUUUGCUGGAUGGCCUGGUAACUUGUACUGGAGGAUGUUUUAAUUUUUCCAGUGGCUUUCUUGGAGUCCCUUAAUCUUUAUUUUUAAAAAAAGAGAAAGCAUGCUUGCAGUAUCACUAAGACUUUUCAACAAAUUAAAGUGAUUAAAACCUCUCAGGAAACCAUUGCAUCCCUCUGUACAUUGCAUCCUUUCUAUAUUUUCAACUUUAAGGAAAACCUCAGUUUUAGAUGGCAGAGUUUAGAAAUACAAUCUUUAUUUAGUGCAAAGCAGAUAAAUAAGGUAAGUAUUGAAUGAAAAUACUCCUUGCCCUUAUGUUUAUGGAAUAUUGCCAACAAACACCUAACCAUCUGAUUAUGAAAUGACAAGUUGAUUUCAGACUACAUCUCAAGUCUUAAUUAACUAGAGGGCUUGACAGUAGCUUUCUGAUAGGCCCAGGCAGGUUCUGAUUUGUGCAUUUAGAACUUGUUUGGUUGUGUCAUGGCUAUUUUACUCUCAAUGCCAAAACACCCCUGGGUGGGGUGGGGGGGUGCUCAUAGAUCUGGGUUCAGUGGGACUACCUGAAAGGUGGAAUGUGGCUUUAGGUGACUUCUUUUUAAAAGUGUCCUCUAGAAGCUGCUGAUGUAAAUAAUUUCUGGUGGCUUCAGGGCACUUUCCCAACGCUUCCUUUGGCGCAUCAGCAAAGUCAGUAGCAGCUGGGAGUCUCAGUGCCUUGUUUGGACUGAUGUCUCAAUAGCUGCUUUAAAAGCAAGAAAGAAAAACACAAGCCCUGAUCUGCAUUUUCAGUUUCAUGCUGUGUUGUGUGCUGUGUUUGUUUUUUAGUAGGCAAAAGUGUCCAUCCCAUUCUGUAGUCAUUUUUUAUUUGGAAGAAGAGGGUCCUCUCAGCAGCCCUAUAGCACUGUUGGCUUCUGCUGACACACAAUGUGUCUUGAUUGUUUUCCUUCCAGCACAUGAGCUGGAUCAGGUCUGUGCUGUAGCUCUUUGGGGCUAGUGGAGAGGAAGACUGGUGAUCCCUUCUUUCUGCACACCUAAAAGGAUAGUGUGUUAAUGUUCUACAAUGCUUUUGUCAAACAAACCCUGGGAUAAAACAUUGCAACCGUCAUGGAUGCUGUCUCAUUGGCUUAGCUUUAUAUUUAUGGCAUGGUGGUUUAGAAAAGAAGCCAGACCAGUAUAAAAAAAAUAUUUACACAAUUCAAAACUCUCCUACGCAAUACUGUGAAAAGUAUUAAAUGAUGCACUUCCUUGAGCUGUGUAUAUUUUUACAAAAAUAAAUGCAUUCUUUUAAAUUAUUCUUGCGUGCAAGCAAAGUUCCGUAAAGGUUAAAUUUAGAGCUGGUGCUCUCUUUGCAAAGAGUAUUCCUCUCCUCCAUCUGGGAUUUUACUUCCUGUGGAUCUCUGCCUGCAGAGUGGCCUCGAUGCUUUCGGUGUGACCGCAUGUAUGGAGAGAGCCUGCAAAGGUGUGCCCUGUCCCUCAGCCUGUGCCCAGGGCAGUGACCUUGCCUGGCCACCGCAGUGUGUCUUUAAACAAGGCCUAGGUCUGUCCAAACUGCUUUCAGUUACAGAGAGAGGUCUUGUUUCCACCUUGCUCUCUAGUCAUGUUAUUGAUGGAAGUCACAGCAAGGAGGUGGAGUCGUUUGCUUGGAAAGGCAGUCGGUUACAGGCCAGAGGACUUGCUCACAAUGUACCCCUAUGCAAGGAAGCGGGUUUAUUUUUUUCACAAGCAGGCAAAAUUCUUAAGGUAGAAACUAUCUGAAGGUUGUAAUCCAUGAUUUUUUUAAAAAAGCUUGAAUUGAUUUCCCCCCCUUCCUUCUCUGAAGUCCAUAAACCCACUGGUUUUAAAAUAAAUCUUAUUUCAAGGAAA